AUGAGGACAUCAGCUGAACUAGUUGAACUUGAACCUACUGGUGCGAUUAUUCUUUGGGAAGGAGUACCUGUAUCAUUGGAGCAAAGGAGAUUUGAUCACUUGCCAGAAAGGAAAAAGGCUCUGCGAGCCCGUUAUGCAUAUGGCAUAAUCUUCUUAAUUACAAAUCUUUGUGCUUGGUUUGUUCGUGACUAUGGGCAAAGGGUGUUACCUGAGCUCCACUAUUUGAAAUCUUGUGGACAUGGUGGAAGUGAUUGUUUCCAUACACAAGGAGUUCUGCGUGUGAGUUUAGGAUGCUUUAUAUUUUUCUUUCUAAUGUUCCUGACAACAUGUAAAACAAGAAAACUAUAUAAAGCUCGCAAUGCAUGGCAUUCUGGGUGGUGGGGAUCAAAGUUGUUCGUAUGGCUUGUAUCGAUGAUGAUUCCGAUAUUCUGCCCUUCUGAUUAUAUUCAUAUAUAUGGUGAAUUUGCUCGUGUCGGUGCUGGGAUUUUUCUUGUUCUCCAGCUUAUGAGUGUGAUCCAGUUUAUUAGAUGGUGGAAUAAGUACUGGAUGCCUGACGAGCAAAAGAAGCAGAGCUGCUCCCUUGGAUUGUUCAUGUCUACAUUGUUCUACAUCGGAUCCCUGUGUGGAAUUGCAGUUAUGUACUCAUCCUAUGCGAUGAAAUCCUCCUGUUCUCUCAACAUUUUUUUCAUCAUAUGGACUGGAGUUCUACUUAUCGUAAUGAUGUCUGUAUCCCUACAUUCUAAGGUAAACAGAGGCCUUUUAUCUUCUGGAAUCAUGGCUUCAUACAUUGUUUUCCUAUGUUGGUCUGCUAUCAGAAGUGAACCUGCCAAUGAGGAAUGCAACCCACAAAAACAGGAGAAUGUUAAUGGUGACUGGACUACCAUACUAGGCUUCCUGAUCGCAAUAUGUGCUAUUGUCAUGGCAACUUUUUCCACUGGUGUUGAUUCACAAUCAUUUCAGUUUCGCCAUAGCGAAGUCCAGCAUGAAGAUGACAUCCCUUACAAGUAUGGGUUCUUUCACCUAGUAUUUUCCUUGGGGGGCAUGUAUUUUGCAAUGCUAUUCAUCAGUUGGAACCUCAAUAACUCAGCUAAGAAGUGGAGCAUUGAUGUUGGCUGGGCUAGUACAUGGGUAAAGAUUGUCAAUGAGUGGUUUGCAGCCUCGAUAUAUAUAUGGACAUUGUUUUCCCCAGUUCUCAGGCAGUCCAAAGUUAUGGAUCAUGAAGAACCUAUUCAGGAGCUUGAUAGCUCAGAUGUGGCAUGA